UAAAAUAAUAUACUUUUUAAUUAUUAUGUUUAGGACAUAGAUAUUUCCUUUUAAUGAACAUUACUGUACAUUUUUGCUUAUUGAACAGUCAAAAUACUGAAAAAUGAGAUACACAAUAGAGUUUCAAUGAUAAUAAUGUCUAAAAACAUGGACUAUUGUAGUACAACUCAGUGUUUAGGGCUUUACCUCAUAAUAAAGUCCCUAAUUAUGUGUUUUGUCCACGCUGCAACCACAUUCCCAUCAUGUCACAACCUGCCACAUGCCACAUACAUGUCAUUUUCACCUACAAGCCACCAGAGUAAUCCCAUUGUAAACUGCAUUUGUAUUUAACUUUCAAGUUUUUGCGUCUCAAAACGUCUCAAGAAGUGUGUCAUGAUGUGAAAAACGUUGUUCAGUUAAAGGGGUGUAGAUAAGAGACCAGUGACUGUAUCCUCAAUUUUGAUAAAUUUUGAUCUAUACAAUAAAUAGAAUCUGUCAAGUAGAGGACUAUUUUGACCAUAAGCAGUCAAAGUAAUAACAAUAUGUCCAUCUACUGUAACGCGUAUUUCUGCUCAGUAGUUUUACGCUUUACAUGGUUGCCUGCAGUAGUUACAAACAUGGACCAGUCUGAAAGUCAUCACCAUUUUCUGUUUAAUAUGUUUUGCUUCCUGUUACUCUUUGUUUUGUUUCCUGUAUACUUCCUGGUCUAUCCAGAUCCUAUCUCGACCCUGCCUCGUCCACACCCACUAAUUACUAUUUGUACCUGUACCAAGUUUGGUCAGAAUACAAUGUUCACUUUUUAGAUGAGAUUUAGUGUUUGUCUUCUUGAGAAAUCAAAUUUGUGCUUUUUGUUAAACGUUUGAGUGUUCCACUGCAUUACUUCCAGCUUUUUUUUUAAUAUCCAGUAUGAUUAUUCAAACAUAUAGCCUAAAACAAUGCAUAUAAAGCUCCCAGUAUAUAACACUUCUUCCUACACAUUCAUACAUUCUUUCGGUACAAAGAAAAUAAAUAUCUAAAAAAAAAAGAUGCUGUAUGUCACUGCAUAUCAUAACUACUCACUGUGUUUUAUAGACAAAAAAAUAGAUAUAAUUAGACCAAAUAAAGAGAAGUAUUCACUAGUUUCCAAGUGAACUCUGAUCUGUUUUUUUUGUACAAGGAGGAGGGAGGGGGUUGGGAAAAGAUAAAGAAGGAAAGAGACACAGAGGUGUGGCUAAGAGUGGCUCAAACAGGUCUGUUGCCUGUGGCCAGGGAGAACGUUUCAGUUUUAUGAAUCUCCACCCAUUCUUCUUCCCAGCACUUUUCAAGUUGUGACAUCUCCGGUUCUUUUUUGUUUCCUGCCUUCACUCGGCAGCAGUAAAGAUUCAUAUUUCUUUUCAACUCUUCAACAUUUAAUCUCUAUUAGAAAUGGAUUAGAAUUGGAUAGAAAUGCAUUACCAACACUCCAGAGGAUCUUCCUGUAACUGACCGUUCAAGUGGUGGCUACUUUUGAGGAGAGAUGAUCCAAGGCCCAGGCAUAAUGGAAUCCAAUCUAUCUAUGCUCUCAUCCUUGAAAGAGGACUUCAGCACUGAGGAUUUCAUCCUGCCACAUUAUAAGGAAGCUUAUCGGCUAGCCAUUGACUGUCUUGUCAGUGGUGGCAAACAAAUAUAUCAAGAAUUCAUCCAAGCUGAGAAAAUCGCAAGCUUCCUUUCUGAGGAUGAGAUUGACUUCAUAACACAGAAUACAGAACAACUACCUGUCAGUGAAGACAUAGAGGAGGUAGAGAGUCCCAGGGAUGAGGAGGCCUCCACAGGGACAUACUGGCCCACACAUUCCGAUGCUGCUCCUCCAGACUUGGAUCUCGGUUGGCCAGAGGUCAUGCACAACAGACUCCAGACCAACAUAGACCUGCUUUACCAUCCACCCAGGUUAAACAGCCCCACCAUCAAGGAGGUAUUGAGGAAAAAUAUCCAAGAAGCUAGACAGGUCAUUGCAAUUGCCAUGGAUGUGUUUACUGAUGUAGACAUUUUUAAAGAGGUAGUCGACGCAUCUAUCCGAGGUGUUCCCGUGUAUAUCCUUCUGGAUCACAUUCAUUUCAAAGGCUUUCUCACUAUGACUGCAAACCUUGACAUCCAAAUUCAAAGACUCAGGAAUAUGAGGGUGCGCACAGUGCAAGGCCAGGAGUAUGUUUGCAAAUCAGGAGCCAAAUUCCGUGGAGGCAUGGGACAGAAAUUUCUUCUAGUCGAUUGCCAAACAGUGUUUUUUGGAUCAUACAGUCUCAUGUGGUCCUGUGAAAAGAUCCACCUGAAUAUGGUUCAAGUCAUAACCGGUGGGUUAGUGGAGUCUUAUGAUGAGGAGUUCCGGACUCUUUACGCCCGCUCCAAAAUUCCAGUUGAGCUCCAGUCUCAGGAAGUCUUGCCAGAACGAAGGAUCAAUGGCAAAACUGAGAAUUACCUUGGCCAUCCCAUCAGACCCUUUCAAAGGAAGGAUAAUUUGAGGCAUACACUUGACUCUGUGUAUCGACAAACCUGUGAAAGACAAGCAGGCCUUAAGAGCACGAUGGAAGAGCUUCAUAUGCCUCACCAUAGUAGAUUUCUUCAAGACGCAUUGGAGUUCAACAAGCGGCACAGCUAUGCAGGGGAGCAACGGGAGCUCUCACACAUUAUUCAGCACCCCAGGUAUGGCGCCAGUAACUGGAAUGUGGCAGAAGAUAUCAGGCGUUAUGGGGGGAACUACUCUGCUGCUAUGGAGAACCCCUAUGAAAGCUCCAGAUUAAACUUUCUGAACAGGAGUGCUAACUUGCGCCAGUCCUACCAUGGUCAUGAUAAACAGGUUCUCUCAAUGCAGCAAAACUUACCAAGUUUGGCAAAUACCUCCAAAUCUUUUUUGCGCACAUGGAGGAUAGAAUCCUACCUCAAUAACAAUGACGCACCCAUUGGAGAAUCAUAUGAUUAUCUCGACCAAUACGAGAUGGAGAACAAACCUGUUCCUGCAAUGCCCUCUCGUCUUAGGUCGUCACUGGUUUUUAGGUCCAUCAUCCCAGAGGAUUCAGAACCUAACAGUUACACAAAUGAUUCCUUAUCAUCUGUACACCGUGAGGAUCAAUUUAGAAUACAGCCAGGUGCAAAGUACUAUUCCUCAACGCAGUGGAACCAAACAGAUUUAAUGGACAAUCGAGUCCAACCUGAUGACUUUAUGUUAAAGAGACGGAGUAUACAGGUCCCAGACCACUCAGGGAACAAUUUAGGCUUUGGCUCAGGAAGAGAUAUAAUAUAUGCCAGUCUUGGCAGAGCUAAAAGCCGAUUUCAGGUUAAGGAGCAUGAGGUCCUACAAGACAACUUGUACAAAAGGCAUAGUGUAGCAGACCCUAGGCAUAACACAUAUAAUAGUAACAACAAAGAGACUUCUAGCCAUAUGUAUGGACAGCUGUUGAGAAAUCAAACAGAUAAAGAUCCAGUAGUUGCGAAUUCGCAAAGUGGAGGGUAUCCCCAAAACCUCAAAGAGGACCAGAGAUCCAUCUCACAUUAUGAUGUCAAAAAGUGCGAAAGCAAUGAUGCGCAACGCGCUAUUUGGCAAGAACCUCCCUCAAGAACCAUGUCAGCAACAGUUCUAGAAGUGGAGGCCAUCAACCAGAACAAACCCAAUGUAAUACCAUCACCACGGUUCUUUAAAAAUAGCACCAAGAAAAUAAAAUCACUCCUAAACAUUCCAGAGAAGCGGGAUAGCUCACCGAAAAGAAAGCACAUUUCAAGCCUUAAAACAGAUGGCAGCUCUGACACCAUUAUUUCUGAUGACAAUGAAUAUAAAGCACAGCAGGAUGAGAAACAGCAGAGCUCCACAGCCAUUUCUAUGAAAUCCACUGACAGCAGCAUGUUGAAAAGGACAAAUGGGAGGAUCUCUGGAAACGAGCAUCCUGCUGCUGUCUUGACCGGAGAAUCAUCUGCUCCUCGUUUUAGUACAGAGGAGCUCCACAGUGAUGGGUCUGUGAGAACACCAGAUCGGCUGUAUUCCAAGAGUCAGGACAGUAGAAGAAAUUUGGCACAGGGCACCACCAGUCAGUGGCAGCGAGAGCAAGUUGGAGUGAAUAGGGUGUACAGCCGUUUUGAGCCUCUUUGUUCCUUUGAGACUAAACGUACCUCUUCAGGACAGGGCACCACUGCAUCCUUAAAUAAAACAGAGAGACAAAGAAGCUCUCUCGUUACAAGAGGAAAUACAAGUACUGAUCAGAGCAACCAUAUAGCUCAACACACGCAUGGUCAUGAAAAUAAAUUAGGACGUUUCAUACAGAGGGUUGGAAAUUUAAUAACCAAGAAUAAGUAACUCAAACGAUACAGUAUGUAGAAAUAAGGGAAGAGCUGCUUUCUUGGACUUUUUAAUUGGCACUUCGUUAAACAAAUACUAUCAUUUGUUUUCAACUUUUGUCAUUCAAAGCAGAGAGAAUCCUAUAUGAUCAAUCUGCUACAUUAUUACAUUAAAACAAUUCCAUUAACUGCACUGCAGAAGAAAAUAACUUACUUUAGUGAUUAUCUAACUUCACCUUUGUCUAAUUUGAAAAUGAGUGCAAUAUGUUACAUUGGACUACUCGUAGCAUUGGGAUUGAAACAUGUACAAUAUGUACCUUCUCCUGCAUAUGUUCCUGAUUUUCAGGUCCAAAGACACAAGAGGAUCCAGAACCCAGUAUUUAUGUAUUUCUGUAGCCAUGACAAUCAAUUUGGAAUACAAUCAGAUGCACAAUACUACUCCUCAGUGGAAUCAAGCAGAAUUAGUCAAUAGGCAUGUUCAACCUGAUCAGUUUAUAUUAAGCACACAACAUAUGCAGGUUCCACUCCACUCAGGAAGCAAUUGAUAAUCCUUCAAGGACAUCUGUUGAUUCGACUGUUGUUACCUGAAUUGUUUACAUUUGUAAUUAAAAGGUGUUUUUAGACAAUGUUUUUACCUCAAAAUGUGCAAAAUGUUAUAAUACUUCUUCAGAAUGUGGGCGGUGUUAACAUAAUGAAACUUCUGUCAUGGGACAUGUCAAGGGAUUUAUACCAAACAAUGACCAAUUUGUGAAUAGGAAAACAAAUUAAAGUUCAUUGUGAGUUAAAA